AUGUCUCAGCCAAGCACGCCAUUCAGCGGUGCCUCUGCGGGCCCUUUUCUUGUGUCGGCCGACCAUGAGCAGCAGCUCGCUCAGGCUGACUUUGGAGAAUUGUUUGGUUCAGGUACUUCAAACCAGCCGAGCUUCUCACUGAACAACAGCGAAGCUCUUGAUGAGUUUGACUUGAACAGCUAUCAUCUCUCUAUCAUCCCAGUCGAUUCAGCGAACUCAUCCACAGUAUCGACCCCAAAUUUCUCAAACUAUAGUUUCGGCCAGCAAUCUCCGGAAUAUGCGACGCCCGAUAGCUACACACCCCACGCGUACCCAAUCGAGCUCCAGCGAGCAUAUCAAGCAGGUGCCUACCAACAAGCCUCCACAUCACGACCCCUACCUUUCAGGCCACAUACCAACGAUGUCUAUCAUCAUCCUGCGCAUCUACCACAAGGCUACGGUCGUCGGAGAUCGCUGAGUCACGGUGAAGCAGACCGUAUCGUUGCAGCGAACAGCGUUGCCAAUCCGACUUUCGUCCGCCUCUCAGCGCCGCGUGCGACGUCGACCGUACCAGAAGAAAACAGGAGGAGUGGACGCUACUCUCAGCAUGGAAGGAGUACAAGUCAAAGCCCUGCUCCACGAGGUAGGCCCUGGAAGCCAACGAGUGUGCCAUACCAAAUCACCCCUCUUGUUGAUGGUAUGCUGUCUAUGCCCCUGGGCACGCCAAUAAACGAGGUCGAAUAUCAGAUCCGCUCACCUGUUCACAACUACCGCACUCAGGACAUGAGCGGUCCUGGUCAUGCGGUGUAUCCAGGAGGACCAACCUAUCGUCAAAUGACACGCCCAGAAGAACUCGCACGAAGUCGUCAGAUCAUCGAAAUCGGUGCUAUGGUCGUCACCAACCCUUCCAAGCUUGACCCGAGACUUGAGACGCAACCAUCCCGCACAAAGAUACUCAAGAGUCUGGACGACAUCGAAGAGCAUUUGAAGGAGAUAACAGAUGAGGAGGCACUUCGUAGCUGCAGGCUUAUCCGUCAGGCAUUGGCGAAAACUGUGGUGCAGGAGGAUAUGGUGAAUAUGGAGGAAGAAACGUUGGACGAUGAUAUGGGGGCGCCUAGCAGGGUUCUCGAGGAGAGUGGCUAUGAUGUUUACAGUGGGCUCGAUGAUAACGACAUCAUGACAAUGCUGAUGAAUCAUAAUGGUGUUGAUGAGGAGAGCAUCGAGGACAUUGGGGAUGAGAAAUGA